GGGGAGGUGGAGCUGCGUUAGAAGCAGGUCCGUGGGCUCCAAGACUGCGCUCCCGGCUCUGCAGCAUCCGCCGGUGGCAGGGUUGGGGACCCGGCUGUCCCAGCUCUCGCGCGCCUCUGCCCUCUCCGCCAUCCGCCUCCGGGCUCGGCUCUGCGGGAGGCCGCGGCUCGGCGGCUCGGGGCCGGGAAGCCGGGCUCAGCCCCGGCCAGCAGGCGCCGCGGCCCUCGCCCCCGCCCCCCGAGGCCGGCCUGGGGGGCCCGCAGGGCGCGCGGAGCGCCGAGUGCGUGUCGGGCUGGGCCCCGCACCCGGGCGCAGGAGCGCGGGCGCGGCGCGGAGGAGCGCCCGGUAUGGAGCCGGCGCCGGAGCCGCCGGCGCGGGAGGCCCCCGCGCGGGCUCGUCCGCCGCCGCCCCCAGCCGCGCGCCCCGCGCCCGCCCCCGCCGCAUCCAGGCCGCGCUCGCCCGCGGAGGCCGAGGGCCGCGGCCCCGAGGGGCAGCUGCGGCGAUCCGGGUCGGGCUACGAGGGUAGCACCAGCUGGAAGGCGGCCUUGGAGGACACUACCACACGUCUCCUGCUGGGCGCCAUCGCAGUCCUUCUGUUUGCCAUCCUGGUGGUGAUGAGCAUCUUGGCCUCCAAGGGCUGUAUCAAGUGUGAGGCUCCCUGCCCGGAGGACUGGCUGCUCUACGGGAGGAAGUGCUACUUCUUUUCUGAGGAACCGAGAGACUGGAACACUGGCAGGCAGUAUUGCCACACCCACGAGGCCACGCUGGCCGUGAUCCAGAGCCAGAAGGAGCUGGAAUUUAUGUUCAAGUUCACAAGAAGGGAGCCCUGGAUUGGACUACGCAGAGUUGGGGACGAAUUCCACUGGGUCAACGGGGAUCCGUUUGACCCAGACACGUUCACCAUCUCAGGCCCCGGGGAGUGUGUCUUCGUGGAGCCCACCAGGCUGGUGUCGACGGAGUGUCUGAUGACCCGGCCCUGGGUGUGCAGCAAGAUGGCCUACACUUGAGGUGGGUCGGGCCACAGGCGCCACCUCCUCCCCAGGGUCCAGAGAGGUGCCUGCUCCUGACCUGCCUCAGUGGGAGCCACCUGCCCUCUGCAAAGCGACAGUGGAUGAGGGGGUGGCCUCCAUCCUGGGCCCAUCUCCCGGGCUCUGGAGCACUGAGUCCUUGGCUCCUGGUCUCCUCCGUCCCCAGGCAGGUCAUGUGGCCCCAUGCUAAGUAGCGUAGGCAUCUGUUCCCCCAUACAUAUAUAUACACGCUCAAGCACACGCACAUGUACACACAGGCACAGUCCCUUCUCAGGUUCAGAGUCCAUCCUGAGCCACCCAUAAGUCCUUUCUCCCUGUAUCCUGGUGCCUUGGGGAACGGGACCUGACACAGGCUGUAUUCCUGUUGGCACAGUAGCCCUGCUUUCCAGAGGUGGCUCCCAGAUUGCUGGGGAAGGUGGCAGGGACGGCUUACCCCUUCCCUGGGCCAAGUUCCCUGCAUUCACCCUCUUUGCCCUGCCUGGGGCUCUCAGGCAGGGCCCCUGCUGUGUCCGUGGUGCUGUUGUAUUGAUCACUGACAGAAUAAAGAUGUGACUGGUGUCCA